CAGGUCAGAGCAAGCACUGCAGCAUGUAAUCCGGCACAGGGAGCUGCACUUCACAGGUCUCUUAGCUGGUUAAGACAAAUUGUAUGUGUGUGUUCAGCAUGUGUUUCCGGACGUGUAUCUCUGUGUAGCGGAAUAUCUUCAGCAGGAUAACUAACUUUAGCUCACAAACAGGGACUGUCUUGUUUGCUAACCUUAGCUGACGUUGGUUGCCCAUGUAAACUGUCCUGUGUGCAGCAACGUCCUCCCUUCCCCGCUGCUUUUGAAGGACGUGCAGUGUAGCUGCGGCAUGUUUUGCUAUUGUUGUGCAUCAGCUGAUUUAAAAUGUCGGUACAUUUCAUCUAUGGCUAGCCAGAGCUCUUGUCUGUAAAUAAUUUACCCGCAGUCCAGAUGAUAAAAUACGAACCGCAGAAAAGGUGAACCAUUCUGCUUUUUGCAUAAGUCAUGAAGGAGUUUUUGAGGAAGGUACACAGCAACGUUUUAAAGAUCGCUCUGUUUCCGAGCACAUUUGGCAGGACAGGCCCACGGCCAGCUGCCUCAGAGGUGUUGACCUGCCACCUGCUGCAGCGUAAACUCCCGCCGUGGACUUCAUACUGUGUCCGCUACAGCUCCGUCCACAAUGACCAGUUUGGACUGUCCAACUUUAACUGGAGAGUCCAGGGAUCCAACUACCAAAUACUGAGAACAGGCUGCUUCCCCUUUAUCAAAUAUCACUGUACCAAAGCGCCUCCACAGAACCUGGACUUUGAGGACAAGUUUUUCACCAUAUUGAAAGUUAUUAAUCUGGGCAUCCCUUGCUUGGCCUAUGGCAUUGGUUGCUGGAUGGUGGUGGGAGCUGCAGAAACAGUGCAAACAAGUGUUGGACCCGUCACAGUCUAUUUUGCAUACAAAGAAGACGAAGGCGCACAGUACUAAACCAUGAAGAAAAACUAUUUUGAACGUGUUUUUAAGACACUCUUGUCUGCCAAGCAACAACAGUUCCCAAGGUGAUGGUCUGAUGGACCUAUUGACAAAAGUGCCAUCUUGUUUCAUUAGUGCUCCUAUUGUCAGGUUCAUUUGUGUUUAAUUAUUUAACAUUUAAAAGUUGCAAUGGAGGAGUCAGUUAUACAUGUUAUUACACUGACAUGCAAUACUGACAGUGUUUAUUCGUAAAGCUAACUUUUCAUUAAAAUUUAAUGGAAAGUUUAGGAUUUCUGGAAGGAUAGACUGUUUGACACUACGCCUUUUCUUGAAUGUUUUCACAGCGGUGUCUGAACAUUGUAUCAGCCUCCAGUGGGUAUGUCUUCAAAGUCAAUACAUUGUAGAAGUAUUUUUUUGCAGCAAAUAUUAAAGUGUACGAAAUGACAGUGCUGGUUUUUAUGCCAUAUGGACUGAACACUUGUGUUGGUCAUAAGGGUCAGCUAGCUCCUCAAGAUGAACGCUUGAAAAAAUGUGAUGGUAAAUAAGACAGACAACAUUUCCUUCAAUGUCUUAAGAAUUAAUAAUUCAUAUAGGUGAUACCAAGUGGCAUAAUUUAUUUGAUACUACAGUGUCUUUGGUUUCAUUUUGUGUGACAAAUACAGGAAUUUAAAUAACCCUGGCUCAUUUAUUUAAAGGUAAAUUAGUGAUCACUCUCCAUGCAACAGAUAGUCAAUAGUGUUAGAGAAAAACCAGUGACAGGUCUGAUAAAAUAGGUUUUAAUUACCAAAGUGUGGCCUUUGUAUAGAGACAUCUACAUCUCUUCCUUCAGGCCUUCUCUGGCCUUUGAUUUCUGGUAAUGUGCUUUGCUGACAGGGCACACUUACCUCUGCUGCAGAGUCCUGCUCCCUCUUCGAGGCAGGUUGACAAACUGCCAUAUUGAUUUCUUCACCCCUCAGCAUCUCCUACUAAUAGCAUUUAUCAGCGACCUCAAUUUUCUGGUCUUGGCCUCUUCAUUUUUAGCAACAAUGAAACCGAACGAAUAAUUUCUUGUUGUACAUGUAAAUCAAUGCACCUUUUGACCUUCUUUGCACUUGAUGGCUAUGAUAUCAGCCUACAUGCAGUUCAUGAUGUACAGCCUCUUCAUGAGUGUCUUGUUUUGUAAAACUUGCUCAUCCUAUGCAAGAACAUUUAACUGGGUAAUUGAAUUUAAUACAAAAGAAUAUCACAAGUUGUUAAAUGUUCCUUCCUCAUGGUCUUAAGAUGGGAGUCAUUUGUAGGCCUAACCAACACUUAGACUAGCACCACCAUCACCUCCCCAAAGAUAGAAAGCUUUGCUCUGCUGAAGCAAGCACACUAAUUACUGAACCAGAUAUUAGACAGAUAUUUACAGUCCCUGGAUGUACAGUAUUUUGCAUAACCCCUCAAUCACAUUUCAAAGGAUACUGUCUUAAAUAUGUUUUUAUUUUAAGCUAUGUAACCUUUGUCGUGUGCAACAUUUCUAAACCUGAUGCAGAAUUCAUGUGCAAAAUCCUUUUAAACAGCGUGAUGACACCACGCUAUCUUUUAAUCAUACUAAUUGCCUUGAACAAGGAACAGUUAGACACACUUAUGGAAAUCGGAUCCACAGUAUCAGGCUGCGCUUAAAUCCCCCUCCUUUCAUUUCAAACCUUUCAUCAGGACUGAAAGUGUGCAUGGGGAAUGCUCAGGCAACCAUGUCUUAAUUACUCAUUGACCCUUUGACCCAUGAGCUGCAUUGAUACCGCUGUACAGCCAGACACAAUUGCAUGGGGUUGCAACUGACUGCAGCUUUGUGUGCGGCUAUUACAGCAUGAUGCGAGUCAGUGAAAUCCAAACUGGGGCAUGUGAGUACAUUGUAUUCGUUUUCAGGCCUUCACCCUUUGAGUCACUCUAAACUGCAGGGGAGGGCACCCCUUCAGCUCGGGCAGAGGCUUAGCAUUACACAUGGAACCUCAGUCACCAUCAGUGCACGUCUAGGGUAUCUGGACUGCAAAUGAGCUGCUGUAAAUUAAUGAAAUAUAUCAGCAUUUGGUGCGAGAUUUAUGCCUUUUAAUAGCUGUGGUAGUCUUGUCCUGUAUUGAAGUGUCUAAAUUACCCAACAUGCAUCUAAUGUGGUAAUGAACAAAGAAUGAAUGCCUGUUUGGCAAGUUUAAUUGCAUACUGAAGCUGGUAAUAAGUUUUGUCAAGGUGAAAUCUUUAAAUACUUGUACUGUUUAGAAUUUAGGUAAGUAAAGCAAAACAAGUGCUGAAAUUGAGUGUAGUGUUGCUGUAAAUUGUUAAUGUUCAACAGUGAAAUUGCUAAUCAACUUGCAGAGACUUGUAAUUAUCUUCUAAUUAGCUAAUAAGUUCUCAUUUUUUUCAGUUAAAAAAAAAAAAUUGUACAAACCAUGUUCAUCUCCUUGAAAUAGUUGAUGCAGCCGAUUCUUAAAUCAAUUAUUUAGCAGGAGAGUCACACCAGUUUUUUCUCUGUCAUAUAGAUAUAUGGCUUGGCAGAAACAAUUAUUGUGUGAACAACCCCUGCAGCUAAUGCUGGCGAGGUUAUCAUUAUUAAGCCUCUGGAUCGGCCACCAGCACCGUCUCCGCGCUUGCUCCACGAGCAGCAGGGGUACCAGAGCCAUCACUCAGAUCACUUUAAGGAUCACGCUGGAGUUACAUCUUAAUGCAGAUGUGUCAGCCAACAUUGUCACAAUAUUCACUGUGAAAUGGCACUUUUUGAAUUAUAAUGUGACAACUGCAACAUAAAGCUCAUUACUUUUCAUCUAGAAACAUCUCCAGCUGCAGACAUAUGUACACUUUGAUCAGCUUUGAAAGAGCAAUACUUAAUAAUACUUAAGCAGAGUGAGACGUAUCAACCAUUUUGUUUUGGUAUUGUUAAAAGAUUUUUUCAGUAGUUAAUAAUUGCUGACCUCUUCUCACUGACUGAUAGCGUACUGAAGCCAUAAAAAAUCUAUUAUGGUGUAUUUCUUCACCCAGGGGAAGACAAGGAGCACCAUAAUUCUUUUCUUUACAUCCCCUCUUCCUUCUUUAGAUUUAUAACGUGUUGUAUAUGUGUGUGUAGGGGGAAGGGGGAGUAUUGAAACACUAUGCCUGCUGUGCCAAUCAGUGUUGCCAAAGCUACUGUCAGUGGGUGGCUGAAAUGUCUGUCAGUCAUCUAUUCUGGUCUUUCUGGUUUAAGACCACUCCCAGCUGACAUUAGGACUAAGUUGCAGUAAAUAAAAAUUCUGGACAAUUUUAUCAAGGUUCCUCAUAUUGUACUUUAUGAUAAACAAGCUAAUUUUGUACUCUUAGAGUGGAUCCAAAUUUAUAUAGUUAUAUAUAUCAUUGGCAUUGCUUUUUACUGUGUUUAGUUGAUGCCCUUAAGCUUAUGCACUUAACUUUAUGCCCGAAUCCUUUUUUUCUUCCAGUUCAAGUUGAUUGUUUUGUUUUUCUUUGUUGUCGAUGAUGUGGUAUCAUGUUCACUUCAUUCAUACUUAAUGCUUACUCUGUUGACAUUAAGAGAAUAAUGGAUUUUAAUAGUUUUUCCACAACUUAUUGGGAGAGUUAAAUGAACUAUCCAUUUUUAUUAUAUAUUAUGCAGUAUUUAAAGUUUCAGCUCAUUAAAAAACAGACGCCCUCCACACCCCCCAGGCUGUCUUUUACCCCCCACCAGCAUGCAGUCAGGCUCCUCUAGCCACGGGCUCUGCUUGAUCUGUUUUUCCUCAGUCAAAAUUGAAAUAUUCAGAAAUAUUUAUUUAUUUGCUUAUGCCUUUUAUUUCAACCUAAUGUCUUUCUAGCUUAAACAAGCGGCAUCAGUGGAUCAGAAAAAGGGCAUCAUGCAUGGUUUUGUUUGAUUGAUAUAAUUUGGUACAUUGCAUAUAUGUUUUAUCAUUAAGUUCGAGACAAAAUAUCUUCUAUAAAAAAUACUGUAUGUAAAUAAUUUACCUUAAUUUUGCACCAGAACAGGCCCCUUGUGUCAUUUGAUUGCCCUGCUUCUUACUUGCACAAUAAGCAGCAACCUGCACAGCAACUCAGUGCGAGACUGGGGAUUUACAUUAAAUACACUGAUACUGAUGCUGCAUACAAACAUAGAAAUGGAAUAAAUCAAUUUUGUUCCCAGAAAUGCUUCACAUACUUUUUGAUGCAGCGUGAUCUCCAAUCUUUCUGCAAAUGAGCUGCAGUCCCUUGUAAUGGUUUCUGCUCCUCGUGGGAGGCCGGUGUCUCAGAAAAGAUGCUGAUUGAGGGGGAAAUGUAAUACAGGUGUAAAGCAGACUUGAUAGGGGUCUUACACGAGGGUUAUGCAUUUUAACAGUGAUAUACAUACUGUUACAUAUUUAUCAAAGAAUAUGGAAUUUGCUGGGUUGACUCUUUCUGGCCUGCAGAGACUUGUACGUUUCUGCUAGAGUGUUGUUAAUGCUGGCAAAGAGGGCGGCUAUUAUGCUGAAUUAAUAGGAGUUAAGGGUUUAAAUUGGUUAAGUAAGCACUUCAUUAAUCGUGAGUGGAUUGCUGUGUGUGAGAAGUUUAUAGGAGGACCACUAGUACUUAGAUGAAAGAAAAGGAGGGAGUUGUGAAUUAAAAAGCUGGUUGAUGCUUGGUGUUACAACCUGUCAUUGCCUCACCAGCCACUAUUCUCAUCACAGUCACUCUGCACUCCCUCACCUGAUUAUUAAUUCCCAGCACCUGUCACCCUUAGCACACCUGCACAUAAUCAACCACCCUACUCCCUAUAAGACCCAGCUCCGCACCUCAGUCGGUGUCCGGUCUCGUUUCUACAAAGGACAGAUCAGAGCAGUCUGCCUGUGUAUGUUUCACGGACUCAACACUACGAAUAUUGGAUAAUUCUCGCUACGAACUCUAAACCUCAGCUCCUAUCGAUCUACCGUCUCCUGAGUGUGCCACUCCUAAUCCUGGCUCCCGUCUGUCUCCUGUGUGCGGAGCUCCUGAGUGUUCCCCGUCUUCGGUGUGUGGUGCCCCGGUGCCCACACGCCUCCGCCAUCCGUAAGAGAAAGGACAGUAUCUACUCCUCUCUAUAUACUUCUGUGUUUGCAAUAAACUCUCUAGUCACG